CCGAGCCCGCGGACGAUGCCUUCGGCGCCUGGGAGAGUGCGGCCUCGGCGCCCUCGGGGCCGCCCUCUCGCUCAGGACGGCCGCCCUCCUCGGUCCUCCAUCCGGGCCCUGCAGGCGGGGAAUUCCCGGUCCACGAGGGCCACUCCGUCAAGGAGUUCCCGUCGCAUCUGGGUAUCAGGCCCAAGUACCAGAUUCACGAGGAGAACCUCACGAAGUACACCGUCAUGGAGGGUUCCGUGGUCAUCCGCCAGGAGCUCCUGACGAAGGCCCCGCGGGCGACCCUGCACCACCUCCGGCACUACUCCCUGUACUCCGUCAGCGUCGUCGCCUGCCACGCCCCCGUCACGAGGAAGCGGAGCGUCGGAGGGCGGCUGGUCGACGUGGCGCUGAAGCUGUGCUCGACCGUCCCGGCCAGCCUCGCCGUGCACACCAGGAGCAGCGGUCAGUGCGCGGCGUUGCAGGGAGGCCGCAGCGCCCUUCCUCUGUCGGGUGCAGGGAGGUGCAACGUCCUUUUCUUUCUAGUUGCAAGGACGCUGCAGCACCCUUUCUGUUAGUCGCAAGCUGGUUGCAACGUCCUUCCAUUGGGGGAUGUUCGUAUCAUAACUGCGGCUGGUCCAAGGAUGAAGCACCGUUCCUGUCUCUGUUGGUUGCAAGGAUAUCGGAUUUCUUUUGCA